UUUCAUCCACCGGCUCUGCCGCCAGAAAACGCACUUGGUUCGGCGGCAGUCGAGAUGAAGGCAUCACAUCACCUGAACAGCCUAGUCACCCCGAGCUUACGGAGCCUGAGCGAGGUCGGACUGGUGCCCCUGAUGUGGCGGACAACCGCAGAUCGAGCUCUACCCCUCAUGACACCCAAACUGAAGGCUCUGCCCGUUCGGAUACGUCCGAUAAUCACAGCGGAUCGGAAGAAUCUGACUCUCGGGUGCCUGCUCGUCGGUCUUUGUCGCGGCACUCGUCGUAUUCUGCACCUUCGCAGGAUGCAGCCCAGAGCAGCUCUUCCGGCGCACCAUCCACCAGUCCAGCCGAGUCUCUUUUGGCCGGCCUCAGGUCGAAAAGCCCUGCGGCAUCCGUAAAGACCAAUCCUGGGAGCCCUACGUCCAACUUCUUCCAGACGCUCAAAACGCGCGACAAACAGGCCAUCAGCAAUUCUGCCAAGGAGGCUAUGCGGAAAUGGGGCGUCAACUGGGGCGGACUCAAGAAGGAUGCGCAGACAACCAGCGGUGACGAGGUCCCUGAUGGAGAGAUGCAGCGGCAGCCGGCAGACAAGGCCAACAAGGCACGCCCUGGUUAUGCAGAGGUCCGCGCUGCCGUUGAACAGCGUAGGGUGCCCUAUAAUAAUGAAGGUUUGCAGGUUCCGGCGAGUGAGCCUUCGGAGCCGAUGGACAUCCCCGGACGCAGCAAUGCGCCAAGCAUAUCGUCGACUGGUCCGGGGAGUGCGUCAGGACAGUCCGCCGGCAACACGUCGUCUACCUCAGCCUCGCCGCGAUCGGACAGAUUGAUGCCUGACUUUGGCAGUCGGCCACGCUCGACGUCGCCGUCGGUCACCGCGCCGCUGACGCGGCCGCGCGCUGUCUCCAAUCACUCGCAGUCUGACAACGAGGCGGCCCUGAACGCACCGCUUGACGAGGACGAGCAGCCCGCGAGGCCGAUCCACACCCAGCCACCGACACCGAAAACCAUGACGAUCCCUGGGAUCCAUGCGAGCCAUCGCGGGGAGGUCAUGUCGAUGGGCUACGUCGCGCCGCCUACGCCUUCGGAGCAGAAGAAGGGUGCCGCGAUCCAGAGCGUAUACCGGCUCUGGAAGGGCCCGCAGCAGUCUCAGGCGCAGGGCGUCCAGCCGGACUCGCAGGCGUCGAGCGAGACGGUGGUCAACGGCGAGCACGACGCGGACAACGCGCCCCCGGCGUGGACGGCGCAGCCGUUGACUCCGACGCUCACGUCGACGCCUGCGCGUCCGGUCCCGCCGCCGCUGCCGCCGCGGUCGAACUCGACGAACGCGGUGUCGCUGCUGUCGGAACCGCCGCCUCACCCGCCUGAGCUCGGGGACGGCUCGCCGCCCGCGAGCGCGGCGCUGCAGUCGAUCGCCUCGAAGGACAGGAGCCGGCGCGCGUCGCUCGACCCGCCGCUGCCGCCCCCGCUCCCUGCGCGACGGCUGCCAGCAGCGGCCGACGCCGAGUCGGUGGCGAAUGGCAGCCCUGCGCCGAGUGCACCUGCGUCGCCGGCCAUUGGGGUCGACGGGUCGCCAAAACCCAGGCCGCCGCUUCCUCCGCGAAGGACUGUUGCACCGGCGUAG